AUGUCUGCGAUCCCCCAUUCUGAUCUGAUCUCUCUUCGCUACCCGGCUGUAUAUGAGCCAUACAAGCCGUCUCAAAUUGAAGGUGUCGAAGCUCUUUCUCUAGCAGUCUGGCAGUACGCUGCCUUUUGUCCCGAUACGAAGAUGAUUCUACUUGGCUAUUCUCAGGGUGCUCAUAUUGUUGCUGAUGUGAUGUGCGGCACAAGUUCAGUCGGGUUUCCAGCUACAGCACCACAGCCUCCCAAUAUUUCUAGCAAGAUUGCCGCUAUCGUUUUGAUGGGUGAUCCGAGUACCACCAAAGGCCAGCCCUUCCACAUUGGAAGUAGUACAGGCGACGGUAUAUUCCCACGACAAAGAACCGAAGGAUGUCAGUGUGUUGCGGCCAAGACAAUGUCAUUCUGCGAUGCAGGGGACCCUUUCUGUGAGGCUGGGGGGCACGACCUGAGAACCCAUAUGAGUUACGUGACUUCAUAUGGACAUUUUGCUGGCGACUUUGCUAUUUCCACGUUUCAUAGUACCUAG